UAUUAUUUUGUUAUUACAGGAUGGAGAUACUGCUCUUAUUGUAUCAGCAAGAGGAGGAGACUAUGAGACUGUAAAAUUACUGCUGGAUAAUGAAGCUGAUCCAAAUGUACAAGAAUGGGAUAAUGAACAUGGUACUACAGCACUGAUGGCAGCAAUAAACAACAAACAUCAUCAUGUGGUGGAACUUUUAUUAACCAAAGGAGCUGACCCAAACAUAAUGGAUAAUGAAGGUGAUAUUGCUCUUAUUGUAUCAGCAAGAGGAGGAGACUAUGAGACUGUAAAAGUACUGUUGGAUAAUGGAGCUGAUCCAAACAUAGGCCAAAAAUUUGAUUGUUUUAAUUCACCACUGAUUGAAGCAACAGCAAAAGGAUAUUAUCAAGUGGUGGAACUUUUAUUAACCAAAGGAGCUGAUCCAAACUUUAUAAGUGAA